CACCCGUCCUCACUGAGCUGAGGGCAGGAAGAGACCGGAGAGCUUCUUACUGUCCUAGAGACACCCGAGUGGAUACCGCUGUUUCUGUUAUUGUGCUCGCAGUCAUGACUCUGCCCCACAGUCCUGGAAGUGCUGGGGAGCCCCAAGCCUCCCAGACCGUGCAGGUCCACAGGCUGGAGCACAAGCAGGAGGAGGAGCAGAAAGAGGAGCAGGAGCACAGCCUGCAUAUGGGUUCUUCUGUGCAGAGGCGGACCUAUCGCAGCAGUGAGGAAGAGCAGCAAUUCAGCUCUGAAGACUAUGCCCUGGCUGCUGCCCUGGCCCUGACAGCCUCCUCAGAGUUGUCCUGGGAAGCUACGCUGAGACGCCAGACCACCACAGUGGAGCUGGAGGAGCGUGGGCAGAGGCGGGUAGGCUUUGGGAAUGACUUGGAGCGGUUGGAGAUGGCCUUCCUACGGACUCAGAGGCUGCUGCGUCAGAGACAAGACUGGAAGGCGCUGCGGCAACGGACAGAGGAGAAGGUCCGGGAGGCCAAGGAGCUGAUUGAGCUGUGCUCUGGCCGUGGUCCCUGGUUCUGGAUCCCACUUCGAUCACACACCGUCUGGGAGCACACCACAGUACUGCUGACCUGCACCGUCCAGGGCUCAGCUCCAUUCCAGGUCACCUGGUACAAGAACGACAUCCGGAUCGAUCCCCGUCUCUUUCCAGCCGGCAAGUACCGAAUCACCAACAACUACGGGCUGCUGACCCUGGAGAUCAGGAGGUGCGUGGUUGAGGACUCAGCCACCUACACUGUGCUGGUGAAGAAUGCCUACGGCCAGGCCUCUUCCUUUGCCAAAGUCCUCAUCCGCACUUACCUGGGAAAAGAUGCUGGCUUUGACUCAGAGAUCUUUAAACGAUCUAUGUUUGGCCCCAGUGUGGAGUUUACAUCGGUGUUGAAGCCAAUCUUUGCCCAAGAGAAGGAGCCCUUCUCCCUGACCUGUUUGUUUUCAGAUGAUGUGUUGGACGCUGAGCAGAGAAUCCAGUGGUUCAGAGAUGGCAGGCUACUGAGGUCUUCAACACGCAGGCAGAUACUCUACGCAGACCGCCAGGCCUCCGUGAAGGUGUCCUGUGCCUACAAGGAGGACGAGGGGCUCUACACAAUCCGAGUUUCCUCCCCCUUUGGGCUGCAGGAGCAGAGUGCCUAUGUCUUUAUAAGAGAUGCUGCAGCUGAGAAGCCAGGAGCCCCAGGUUCCCCACUAAAUGUCCGGUGUCUGAAUGUGCAUAGAGACUGCCUGACCCUGACGUGGGUCCCACCCAGCAACACCCGGGGUAGCACCAUCACUGGCUAUUCCAUUGAGAUGUGCCAGGGUGAUUCAGAGGAGUGGGUGCCCUGCCAUCAGGCCCCUGGGGGAACCUGCCGGUGCCCAAUCCAAGGCCUCAUUGAAGGGCAGAGCUAUCGAUUCCGAGUGCGAGCCAUCAGCAAGGCCGGCACCAGUCUUCCUUCCAAGGCCUCAGAAGCAGUUGUCACGGGUGACUAUGAUGCAGUCCAGAAGGAGACAGAGAUUCCCUUUGACCUGGGCAGCAAGAUCACCAUCAGCAAGAACGAUUUUGAAGAUGCUGUGACCAUUCCGUCAGCCCCAACCAAUGUCCACGCCAGCGAGGUCAGAGAGACCUAUGCAGUUCUGAGCUGGGAGGAGCCACGCCCCCGGGGCAGAGCCCCGCUGACUUACACUCUGGAAAAGUCCAUCAUAGGCAGUGGAACCUGGGAGGCCAUCAGCACAGAAACACCCAUCAAGUCCCCAAGAUUCGCCCUCCUGGACUUGGAGAAGGGGAAAUCGUAUGUCUUCAGAGUGAGAGCCUUGAACCAGUACGGCAUGAGUGAUCCCUCAGAACCCAGCGAGCCUGUCGCCCUGAAGGGCAAGCCAGCGACUCUCCCUCCUCCAGCUCAAGUGCAAGCUUUCCGAAACACUCAGACCUCUGUCUCCCUUACCUGGGAGCCUGUGGAUGGUGGCUCGGAACUCCUGGGUUACUACAUCUACUCCCGAGAAGCAGGAGCAUUGGAAUGGCAGACAGUGAACAACAAGCCCAUCCAGGACACCAAGUUCACAGUCCCAGGACUGAGGACUGGGAAGGAAUAUGACUUUUGCAUCAGGUCAGUCAGUGAGGCUGGGGUUGGCGACAGUUCAGCUGCAACACAGCCCAUCAGAGUCAAGCAAGCUCUUGGCACCCCCUCGGCCCCAUAUGACUUUGCACUCCUAAACUGUGGGAAGAAUGAAAUGGUCAUUGGAUGGAAACCCCCCAAGAGGCGUGGAGGCGGCAAGAUCCUGGGCUACUUUGUGGACCAGCAUGAUUCAGAGGAGUCAGACUGGCACCCAGUCAACCAUCAGCCCAUCCCAAGCCGAGUGUGCAAGGUCACCAACCUUCAUGAAGGCCAUUUCUAUGAGUUCCGAGCCCGGGCCAUGAACUGGGCAGGUAUUGGGGAGCUGUCGGCACCCAGCAGCCUGUUUGAGUGCAAAGAGUGGACGAUGCCAGAGCCAGGUCCCCCAUAUGAUCUGAGGGUGUCUGAGGUACAGGCCACCUCCGUGAUGCUGCAGUGGGAGCCCCCACUGUAUAUAGGAGCCGGGCCAGUCACAGGCUACCGUGUCAGCUUCCAGGAAAAAGGCUCUGAGGAGUGGAAGCCAGUCACCCCAGAUGUCACCUCUGACACCCACCUCAGGGUAUCUGACUUGCAACCCGGAAAACAAUACAUGUUCAGGGUCCAGGCCAUGAACUCAGCUGGUCUGGGACAACCAUCAGUGCCCACUGACCCCGUGCUCCUGGAGGACAAGCCAGACGCCCAGGAGAUUGAAGUUGGUGUGGACGACGAGGGCCAGAUCUACUUGGCUUUCGAAGCCCCAGAAGCCCCUGACUUCUCUGAGUUUCAAUGGUCCAAGGAUUACAAAGGCCCACCAGACCCACAGAGGGUGGAGGUGGAGGAUGAAAUUAACAAGUCCAAGGUCAUCCUGAAAGAACCUGACCUUCAGGACUUGGGUGUCUACUCAGUGGUGGUCCCCGAUGCCGACGAAGACACCUCCGCUAGCCACACACUGACAGAGGAAGAGCUGAACAAGCUGAAGAAGUUGAGUCACGAGAUCAGAAACCCAGUCAUCAAGCUGAUCUCUGGCUGGAACGUGGACAUCCUCGAGCAAGGUGAGGUGCGGCUGUGGCUGGAGGUGGAGAAGCUGUCGCCCGCCGCAGAGCUGCACCUCAUCUUCAAUGAGAAGGAGAUCUUCAGCUCCCCGAACCGCAAGAUCAACUUUGACCGAGAGAAGGGCUUGGUGGAAGUUAUCAUCCAGCAGCUUUCCGAAGAUGACAAGGGGUCCUACACCGCCCAGCUCCAAGAUGGAAAAGCCAAGAACCAGAUCACCCUCGCCCUCGUGGAUGAUGAUUUUGACAAGCUUCUGAGAAAGGCAGACGCAAAGAGAAGAGACUGGAAGAGAAAACAGGGUCCCUAUUUCCAGGAGCCUUUGACCUGGAAGGUCACAGAGGACUGCCAAGUGCUUCUGACAUGCAAAGUAACCAACACGAAGAAGGAGACUCGCUUUCAGUGGCUCUUCCAGAAGAAAGAGGCACCCCGCGGGCAGUACAACCCGCAGACCGGGGAUGGGAGUCUCUCCAUUGAGGGGUUUUCCAAAGACAACCAGGGAGUCUACAGAGCGGUGGUUUCUGAUGAGCGAGGGGAGGACGACACUGUGCUGGACCUCACAGGUGAAGCCCUAGAUGCUGUCCUCACAGAGCUGGGCAGGAUUGGUGCUCUCUCUGCAACCCCACUGAAAAUCCAGGGGACUGAGGAGGGGAUCCGGCUCUUCAGCAAGGUCAAGUACUACAACGUGGAUUACAUGAAGACUGCUUGGUUCCACAAAGACAAGCGUCUAGAGAGUGGCGAUCGGGUACGGGCAGGCACCACCCUGGAUGAGAUUUGGCUCCACAUCCUAGACCCCAAGGACUCAGAUAAGGGCAAAUACACCCUGGAGAUCACUGCUGGGAAGGAAGUGCGGCAGCUCUCAGCAGACCUAUCUGGGCAAGCUUUUGAUGACGCCCUGGCAGAGCACCAGAGACUGAAGGCCUUGGCUGUCAUUGAGAAGAAUCGGGCUAAAGUGGUGAGGGGUCUGCCAGAUGUGGCCACCAUCAUGGAAGAUAAGACCCUGUGCCUGACCUGCGUCAUCUCAGGAGACCCGUCCCCCGAAAUCUCUUGGCUAAAGAACGACCAGCCUGUCUCCUUCUUUGACCGAUACCACAUGGAGGUGAAGGGUACAGAGGUCACCGUCACCAUUGACAAGGUCACCAGUGAAGACAGCGGGCGCUAUGGAAUCUUCGUCAAGAACAAGUAUGGCUCAGAGACUGGCCAGGUCACCAUCAGCGUGUUCAAACAUGGGGAGGAGCCCAAGGAGCUAAAGAAGAAGUAAUGGGAGUGUUGAGGGCCAGCCUGAGAUCCACACUACACCGACCAGCAGGCCAGCCAAGGGGUCACAACCUAGCACAGGCUAUGGGGGUGGGACAGGGGAAAGGACAGGGAUAUGACAGACCUGGAUCUAAUACACCAAAGAGGAGAAGCAAAGAUUUUGCUGGGGUUCUCAGAGGACUCUAGAAUGUGGGAUGAGCCCUGGCCUUAGAAAUCAGAAGCAAGAGUAUAAAACUUAGUUUCCACAAAAGCUCUUCCCAAGCCUCGCCCUUCGUAUCCGUCAGAUGGGCAUUCCUAGCCACUCCUCAGGGCUUUAUGAAAAUCCCUUAUCAAUCUCUAUCAGUGGGCCACAGAGGGGGGCACCUUUGCUCUGCAGGGGACAGUCAGCAAGGCCAACAGAGUUUAGUUGUGACAACUGGAAGUAUUUACUGGCAUUGAGUGGGUUAAUACCACGGAUGUUCCCACGACACAGAAUAUAUUCUCUUUUAAAAUAGGACUGUCACCUUUCUAUAUGUCCGUCACUCUUUGGAAGUAUAACAUACACAGGGCUGAGGAUGGCCCCAAAGCUAAAAAAAAUAAACAUUAUACAGGCCCCACUCAGAAAGGGACUUGGGUGCAGGGGUUGCCAGGGUAAGGCAGGAGAUAAUAAAGUUCACAAAAUGGGUACAAGGAAAGUAUCUUUAUUGAUCAGAGGAAGUGGGCAAUGGCCAAUAUGAUUGGGAGAUACAGGGCUUUGCAACUCCCUUCCACAUUGGGUGGGACAGUGUUGGGCCUCUGAUAGCUGAAUCCAGUUUGGCUGUGGAGAUGAGAGGGCACUUCAGGGAGCAGACAUGGUGAAGGGUGAGGAAGAAGGGAGUCUGCCUACGUGACCUGGGAAGCCAGGCAGUGUAAUUGAUGCCUUCAGGCCUUCUUCCAACAUGGAGCCUGUGUGGCCCGUGACAGACACUUAGACUGGCCUUACUCAGUGGAUCUCAGUACACAACUGGACAUUUCUCUGCCUUCUGAUUUCUUCCAUUGAGAACAAGAUGUGAGAGGGAUUAUAAAAUUCUAGCUGCCAGAUCUUAGAUGAUUUUGGAAAUUAUAAAGGAGGAAAUAAAAAAAAUCAAUCUGUAUUCUCAUCAA